AUGCAAGAUCCAGCGGUCCAGCCUUCUGGGAGGGUAACACGCUCGCGAACGGCACUGCAGAAUGAGAGAACCUUACCACAACCUGAGGUCGCCGCAACAGCUCAAAAGAAGCCAAGCAAACAGCGCCAGAGCAAUGUCACUGCCACAAGGAGCGAUUUGACUGAGUUUCCCCAUAAUCUCGGAUCGAUACCAACUAUCCCGAAGAUAAACCCUACACCCAACAGCAAACUCAAAGCAGAGGUCAAAAAAGAGGAUCUAGAGGACCUCGCAGACGAGCUUCAGAGUACCGUCGACAAAGCCACCACAACACUCUCAGAGCCUACGCCUUCGCUAGAGAAGAAAAAGAGAACUAAGAAAGCUAACACUUAUGGCCUGACACCUGGGUCUACGCCCUUCCCUGACUGGGAUCGUCCAACACCGGAAGAAUGCGAAGAGGUCAACAGGCUCCUAUCCAGCAUCCAUGGAAAGAUCGUUCCCCCAACGACCAUUCCCGAACCGUCUCUCACAGUUACGGGGUGUGGCGAGGUCCCGUCCGUGCUAGACGCCUUGAUCCGGACUCUCCUCAGCGGCGCAACAACAGGCAAGAACUCGGCCAUGGCAUUUAACGGUCUCGUGCAGAAGUUCGGUAUCCUCGAAGACGGCAUCGGAAAAGGCAGCGUGAACUGGGACGCGGUGCGCCGAGCUCCACUAAAAGACGUCUUCGAAGCGAUCAAAUCCGGCGGGCUGGCGGAUAUCAAGAGCAAGAAUCUCAAGGCGAUUCUCGACAUGGUCUACAAGGAGAACCAAGAACGACGAGAUGCUCUAGUAAAAGAGGAGCCCUCAGUCUCUACACUGCCAGACACCACCAAAUCGAAAUCCGAAGGCGAAAAAGCAUACGAGAUUGCCUGCGCCGACCAACACUUCCUCUCACUCAACCACCUCCACAGUCUGAGCACGGAAGAGGUCAUGACUGAGCUCGUAAAGUACCCUGGAAUCGGGCCCAAGACCGCAGCGUGCGUUUUGCUCUUCUGUCUGCGACGCCCGUGCUUUGCGGUUGAUACGCACAUAUUCCGCAUCUGCAAGUGGCUGAGCUGGGUGCCACCGGACAAGGCGACAGAGAUUACGGCAUUCAGCCAUCUCGAGGUCCGGAUUCCGGAUCAUCUGAAGUAUUCUCUCCAUCAGCUGUUUAUUCGCCAUGGCAAGUCAUGUCCUCGGUGUCGGGCUAUCACCGGGCAGUCUUCUGCGGGUUGGGAGGAGGGAUGUGUGAUUGACCAUCUUGUUACAAGGACGGGGAAGAGAAAAGGUGCGCCUGCUGGGAAGAGCAAUGAUAAAGGUGGGAAGAAGUCCAAGAAAUAG